UGCAUAAAACAGCAUGUGAAAUCAAGAAACAGAAUUCGCAAACCAGGUAUAGAUAAUCUGUAAGUUGUGUACAGCAUGAAAAGGUAACAGGUGGCAUUUUUGGUACUUUGAAGCCUGUUUAAGUCUUAUAUUAUUAUCUUACCGAAACACAAAUCUCACAAAUAUUACAUAGAUAGCUAGAUAAUUAUCGCGAAAAAGUAAGCUGUUAACAUCGAAUUUUUCGCGAAUGUUAUCAGGUCAUCAUCAAACGGCAGUACUAUGCAACCAUUGUUUUGUCUUUCUAACGUUUUUAGUUUGCAAAUUUGUGCGCAUUGAAACUUAAAACAGUUAAAUGUGAUAACUUUGUAAAUAAUAUACUAUGCUUAAGCGAAGUGUGGUUAACUAAUAACUAAUAAGACGAAGCAAUUAUGUUUGACUCUGUUAAUUAACUCUUUCAGUUGCAUUAAAUAAAUAUCUUACAUGUAAUUCACUUCCAUAAGAUAGCGCAUCAAGCAACUCCACAUCUAUUUAUGAAAUAAUGCACGUUGAACGAUGAAAAUGUUUUCAAGUACAUGUAUAUAUUCACUCAAUAUUGGUUAAAGGCAUUUUUAUUUGUGGUGAACAACUUGUGCCGUAAAGUAAGGGUCACUUUUCACUAAAUUUAAAGUUACAGCGGAUUUUUAACAUUUAAAACUGAAAUGAUUUUGUCAUUAUGUGUUCGUUAAAAAGUGUUUAUAGUAGUGAAGUAUAUGUAACUAUAGUUAUUCACUAACACUCUUUCCUAAGCAUCGAAUUAGGAUUUGCACUUUUAUGAGUCUUGAAUCUGUAGCUCAAUCUUUAAAUAUUGAAAUGUACUAUAAACGAAAUUAAAAUUGACAAAUUGCAGUUUGGUUCAUAGUCAAAGACCAUAUCCACGUGUUAUCCAAUAAGUGUCGCUCUCAUUAUAUAAUGUUAUUAUGCAUAUAUAAAUAAGAAUUUCAAGCAACCUGACUGUAUAUCCUUUCUUUACACAUUAUAGACAAGAUUUAAACAUUGCUCUUAUGUUUCGUGAUCAUGGAGCCAGAUGCUAGUUUAAGCAAUAUUUAUUUCGAUUUAACAUACAAAAUUAAUUCAGUUAUACAAAUUUCGAACAUUAAAUAAACAAAACUAAAUAAGUUAUGCAUGAAAUAAAAACAUGUGAAUAAUGAGCAUAACAAAAUAGUGUAGGCAGAAUAGAGAAGCGUUUUUGUUUGUUGUUGUUUCAAUGCUGUUUUUAAUGUUGACGUUGUUUGUUGUUUGUUUUUUUUUGUUUUUUUUAAAUGCAUGUUUUAAUCGGUUUCUUGUGUGGAAAUAAGUACAUUUUUUCGGACUCAAGCAAGUCAAACGUGAGUUGUUCAUACAAAACACGCAACUUUCUUUAGAGAAGCGGAUUUUAAAACUCACUAUAAACCAUACUUUUCCUUAAAAGCGAGUUUAUAUACCCAAUUCUACCCACAUACAUAUAUGCUAUGCCUCACAGCUGUUUGUUUACAUAUGCAACUGCGCUAAGCCCAGAUAUAUUAGUAGGUUUUGAGAUUAAGAUCGUUGCAAACGAUAAGUUUGAAAAGCAUUUUAGCCGAAGUAAGUGAAAUCUUUAUACAAUAUCUCCUACAUAAUUUGUGGAUUUACAUUAUGCAAAUGUACGCUUUGGACCGUAUAUAACUGAAAUAUGAAAUCAUCAUAGUGUGUUUUGAAAGGCUGCAUUGAUUUUUAUUACGAUGAUGGCUGGUAAACUUUUACAAACAAGAACACCAUGCACACAGCUGCUGCAUUAGCAGCAUCGAUGCUCAUCCUGUCAUGUCUUAAUAUGGGCUUUAGCUAUCCCAAUGGGGCACCGCCAUCAUCAUGCAGUUCCAUGAAGCCCGGUCACGGUUAUAACGGGCAAAACCGCACUGUGCCAUAUUACUUGACCCUGUCCAAAAACACGUACUACUGCGGGGACGAAAUUACAGUAACCUUGGCCGCAUUAAAAGGAUUUAACUUUACGGGGUUUCUGUGCCAGGCGCGACCGGACCAAGCCGAUAAUGCCACGACCGGAACGUUAUACGGAGAAUAUUCAAAGACAACAAACAACUGCGAUGGGAAGGGGUCUGUCACCCACAGCACUCGUGAUUUAAAAGAAUCCAUGGUAUUGAAAUGGAAGGCAAACAGUAACUAUACAUCAGUAACGUUCGUCUGCACGGUGGUACAAGAUAAGGCUACAUACUGGGUGAAGGGUUUACAAUCUGGCGUCACAUUUUCCGGAUCGGGAGAUUGUUCAAUUGGCGAAGCAGUUAACCCGGGUGUUACUAUCCAAAUGCUGAUGCUUCUGAUUAGUUCAAUAAAUUUUCUUAUGUGACUUAGCUUACUUAAUUAUGUAUCAGUGUGUAGGUGAAAAAUAGUUUGGAAGUAUAAAUAUGUCGCUUAAAAGUUUUUAUAGUGUAUCUCAAUAUAUAUUUUUAUGUCAUAGCUUAUUCAAAUAUAGAGGAUAGUUCUUUUUUCAGUGUUAGAUCGUAAUAUAUUAUACUAAGUGAGCACAGAAAUAUUAUUAAAUUCACUUUUUUGUGUUCAAAAGGUGAAAUAUACUACUAUCUUAAUUUGAAACAAACAUUUUUCUUCUUAUUAUUAUAUACCUUAAAUUGGAAUUAAAGUCAAUUUAUUAAACUUUUUAUUAAAAUAACCCGCAAUUGUGUAUGCGCACGUUACGUUAUUUCGAAAACGUACGUGGUUUAAAUUGUGUCCCAGCCUUGUGCGCGCUGACGAUUGAUUUGCAACCGGGAGCGGAUUUUAAUUUCAAGACAGUGAAAAAUAUCAACUAGAUAUAUUUACUAUUUGAAACAGUGAAAUAUUCAUUUUAGUUCAUUGAUAAAUCUCUAUAAACUACUUGCAAGCAUACAAUUGCUUAGUUUAAGACACACGAAUCCCAAACGCAUGACUGAUAUUACCUGGAUUUGUCACAAAAAUGAACACUUGCUAUCGCAUCUCGUGAAUUUCGUUUCCAACAUGCGGCUUUUCUGUUUUCUGUUUUUCUUCGACCAUUAUACAAGAACAUCAUGAUGUUUAAUUUGUUAAUUCGGGUAAAUAUAAAUAAAAAAUAUUUCAUUUCUACCACGUGUGUCGCAAAACAUGUCCUGUUCUUAUUUCAUUCAUGUAAAUUUAUUAUUCUAAGAUGUAAGUGUGAUUUGUGUAAAAAGUCUACAUGUUUCGGAAAUCAUCGAAAAAAUGGCAGUUUUCUAGCUUUAAGCGAAUCUAUAUUGCCGAUUAGUAUCUACAUUCAAAUGUUGUUAACGGUAGUGCACGCACUGCGGAAUUAUUUUUUUGUUUCUCGAACUUUGAAACUUUAUGCGCAGGAGGAGGGAAAAACAUUUUUCAGGUUUUUUUGUUGAUAAAAUAUUUCAUUUCCCAAGUUUAGGAUUAAUGUUUUUUUCAAACCAUUGAUGAUCGCAAACAGUUUUCCGUAACAUUUAGUGUGUAAAUUAGCUUUUCAUUUUUUGUGUGUAUUUCCAUUAUCAUGCACUUCAUUUUGAAAGCUUUUUAAUAAACGGAUAUGCAAAUGUUUAUGUCAUAAUUUUGAUUGUAGCAUCUUAGUGAAGUUGAAAUUAAUUAAGGUGCCUGUUUUCUUGUAUACUAUUUAUUUAUGAUGACCUUUGCAAUCAAUUAACAUACUAAAAUUAAUGAAAAAACAACCCCUUU